CUUCUCAGAGGAACAAGAACAAAAGCCUACAAAAUGAAGCUAAAGGAAAUUGAGCGAACAGCUGUCCAGGCAUGGAGUCCAGCAAACAACCACCCCAUUUAUCUAGCAACAGGAACAUCUGCCCAGCAACUGGAUGCAUCCUUCAGUACAAAUGCCACCUUGGAAAUCUUUGAGGCUGACUUCAGGGAUCCCUCCCUGGACAUGAAGCAGAAAGGAACACUUCCUGCCUCAAACAGGUUUCAUAAGCUAAUCUGGGGUAACUUUGGAAAUGGGUCUCCAGAGUCCUCCGGAGUGAUCAUUGGUGGAGGGGAUAAUGGUGUACUGACAAUGUACAGUGUGCACCGCAUCUUGGCUUCAAAGAGCGAGCCUGUAAUUGGACAGACAGAGAAGCAUUCAGGUCCUGUUCGAGCUCUUGACUUCAACCCUUUCCAGAGUAACCUCUUGGCUUCUGGAGCCAAUGAUUCUGAAAUUUUCAUCUGGGACUUGAAUAACUUCAGUGUACCUAUGACUCCAGGGGCUAAAUCACAGCCUCAUGAAGACAUCAGUGUGGUGUCCUGGAAUCGGCAGGUGCAGCAUAUCCUGUCCUCCGCGCACCCCAGCGGUAAGGCUGUGGUUUGGGACCUCAGGAAGAAUGAGCCUAUCAUCAAAGUCAGUGAUCACAGCAACAGAAUGCAUUGCUCAGGAAUGGCCUGGCAUCCAGAAGUUGCAACCCAGCUAGUCCUUUCCUCUGAGGAUGACCGCUUGCCAGUGAUCCAAAUAUGGGACUUACGUUUUGCUACCUCUCCUUUGAGCCAGCUGGAAGGGCACACGAGGGGAGUUCUCUCUGUCUCUUGGUGCCAGGCUGACCCUGAACUGCUGUUGAGUAGCGCCAAAGACAACCGGAUCUUGUGCUGGAACCCAAGUAUGGGGGAGGUGGUUUACGAGUUGCCCAUUCGGAGUCAGUGGUGCUUUGAUGUUCAGUGGUGUCCUAGGAAUCCUUCAGUCUUCUCUGCUGCCACUUUUGAUGGGUGGAUCAAUAUUUAUUCUGUUAUGGGUGGGAACUUAGAAGCUCAGCAGAAGACACAAGCUGACAAGAUCUCUUCCUCCUUCAACAACCUGGAUCCCUUUGGCACAGGACAAAUCCUUCCUCCUCUGCAGGUGCCAGAGCAAGUAGCUCAGACCACCUUGAUUCCACCAUUAAAAAAGCCACCCAAGUGGAUUCGCAGACCUGUGGGUGUUUCAUUUGCAUUUGGAGGAAAACUGAUUACCUUUGGCCUUACUAAAGCUUCUGGACAGCAAAUGCAGCAGACUUAUCCACACCAGGUAUUCAUCAGUCAAGUCACUACUGAAACUGAAUUCCUGCUCCGAUCCAGAGAACUGCAGAUGGCCUUGCAGUCAGGGAACCUCCUUGAUUACUGCCAGGGCAAGAUCCAGACAGCCAAGUUGCCAUUUGAUGAGAACCUUUGGAACUUCUUGAAGGUGAAUCUGGAGCAGGAGUCCAGGACUAAACUCCUCAAGCUGCUGGGCUACAGUAAAGAGAGUCUGCAAAAAAAGAUCGCCUCAUGUUUAAGUAAUGGGAUCCCAGAUAAACAGCCCCUUCCUGAGGCAGAUGAGACAAACACUGCACAGCCACAUCAGCUUUUGAUAAAUUCCAAUGAUGUUGUAGCUGCUGUUUCCUCCUCUUCAGCCUUUUUUGACAACCUCAUCCCACAGAAUAUGAGCACGUUGGAAAUUCCUGUCACAGAAGAUACGGAUGGACUCAUCAGCCAAGCCCUCUUGUUGGGGAAUUUUGAGGGUGCAGUGGAGCUGUGCAUGCGAGCAGAGCGCUUUGCUGAUGCCAUCAUCUUAGCUAUAGCUGGUGGGGAGAACCUCCUAAAGGAGACCCAGAAGCGCUACUUUGCCAAGCGGAAGACAAAACUCUCCCUGCUGCUUUCCUCCAUUGUGCAGCAGAACUGGCAAGAUAUUGUUUGCACGUGUGAUCUACAGAGCUGGAAGGAGGCACUGGCCAUCUUGUUAACAUACUCAAAGCAUGAGGACUAUACCCAGCUUUGUGACAUGCUGGGUGCCCGCCUAGAGUCGGAGGGAGAUGCAGCCCUGUGCAAUGAUGCCUGCCUCUGCUAUAUCUCAUCGGGCAAUGUGGAGAGGUUGGUGGAAUGCUGGGUAAAAAACCAUGAGACUUCGUCACCCCUUGCCCUGCAGGAUCUCAUAGAGAAGGUGAUGGUGCUGAGCAGGUCCAUUGAGAUGCUCCGAGGCACAGCAGGACCAGCACCAGGUCCUGUCUUGGCAGAACGAAUCACCCAAUAUGCCAGUCUCCUGGCAUCACAAGGAUGCUUGGCAGCCGCAAUGAAUUACCUACCCAGCAGCUCUAAAGAGCUCCUGAUUGAACAGCUCCGAGACCGGCUGUUCCAUGCUCAAGGAGAGAAUGUGGGUGAUGAGCAGCCACCCCCUUUUCCGUACACUCGUGUCAAUGUAGGUGUCAUUAAACACACAUCUCCAGCAGCUAAGAGUGGUUCCGCCCCUGAAGGAGCAGCCCACAGAACAGGUCCCAGACAUCCAGAGAAGCCCAACUAUCAGUCAUCAUUUGCCCCUUCAGCACCUUCUCAGCCUUCAGUGCCUUCCCUCUUCAUGCCUCAGCCAGUGCCGGUGACAUCUAUGACACCUCACCACGUUGCCCCUCCCCAGGCCAGCACAGGUCCACAAACAAGUGUCUAUUCCAGAGGGCCACCAUACCCACAGUACAACUUGGGCUUGGUUCCAGCAACUGUUUCAGGGCCAGUUGUGUCACAGUCUCAGCCAUUCGGACCAGCGGGAGUCAGACCUGUUGGUCCUGCUCCUUUCCCCAGCCAGCCUUCUCUGCCCAUGACAUCUCCUGGUGUUCCACCACCUGGACCUGCCCUCUUCACUCCAGUGUCAGUCCCAUCAUCUCAGCUUCCUGCAGCUUGUCCUCUCCCUGUGGCAAGCCAGUCUCCUCUAGCUUUCUCUUCAACACCAUUCAACUGCCCCAUGAAUGUGGGUUACCCUCAGGGAGGUCCUGGAGCUCCAUUUACUAAGCCCCUGCCAGCAGCCAGCAUUCCUCCUCCUCCCACAGGUUUCUUCCCUUGGCUAGAUCCCCACGUGGAUCAUGCAGCUCAGGAAUCUUGGACUGAUCCCUCUGCUGUAAGAGGAGGCCUUCAAAAGAAAAAGUUGUCUGAGAAAUUUACUCCUCCAGCCCCCAUCACAGCUCCAGUAAUGAGCCUGCCCGCUGAGCCCCAAGGGAUCCAUCCUCAGCUGUCCAGGUUGCAAGAAUCUGGCCAGUCACCCCCAGGAGCACCCAAGGAAGGCAGCCUGCAGUAUCACCAGCUACCCGUGGAGAGGGUUGAGAGGAAGGAGGUGCCCCCUGAGCACCAAGCUCUGAAGGCGACAUUUGAAGGGUUGGUGCAACGCUGCUCUGCUGUCGCCACUGAUCCAAAAACCCGAAGGAAGCUGGAGGACGCAUUGCAGCGGCUGGAGUGUUUGUACGAGAAGCUCCGUGAGCAGGUGCUCUCUCCAACCAUCCUCAUGGGUCUCCAUGAAAUUGCCCGCUGCAUUGAGUCUAGGAACUACCAACAGGGUCUUCUGGUUCACACCCAAGUGGUGAGCAGCAGCAGUUUCAGUGAGGUGUCUGGUUUCAUGCCCAUCCUGAAAGUCCUCAUGACCAUUGCUGGCAAGCUGAAUGUGUAAAGUGUGGAGCAGCUGGAACAGUGCACACUGAGAGCUGGUGGACUCCCUCACCUGUUGAUAUGCUGCAGGUUGUGGACUCUCCUUCUGACUCUGGAGAAAUAAGUCUGGGCCAAUGCCUGGAACUGUGCUGGGCCAGCACACCUGGCCCCAUCCACUCUCCAGACAGCCCGCUGGUGCCUGGGACUCCUGGAGACUGUUCUUUCUCUCUCUUCUUUCUUACUAGUCUGAGGCUGCUUCCCAGCCCAGGGAUCUCAAUUUCAGGCUGUCCAGGUUGCACAGAGAUCCUCCUUCUUCCCUGUAUCUCCCCGGCACAAAGGAGAAACUCCUUCCCUUCGAGGCUGAUGUUGUGGGUUGUUUUUUUUUAGGAGACAAAUGGCUGGCAUCUGCAGUGCCACCAGAUAGAAGAGCCUCAGGCUCUAUUCCCUGCUGCGGUGUAAACUGCCUGAGUGAUGGCUGGGCUCCCUUGGGACCUAAGCUGGGGUGUCCCUGCUCUGAUGGGCUGCAGUGAGGAUCUCCCCUGUGGUUCCUCCUUUCUCUUCAUUCUCAUCCUUGACUCACCCUGUCACCCCUCUGCACCCAUAUCCUGUUACAACUAGGGCUAACUACCAGCCUGCUCUGGGCUACCUUUGGUUCUCUCUUCUUUACCCAGCCCUCUCUUUUCAUAGUUGAGUCUCCUGUUUACCCUCUAUCCCCCACUCCUUUAUAUUUUUUCCCCCAUAAGCUGCAGGCUUGAGCCCUUCAUGUUUCAGGCCCAGGGCUGAUUCCCCCUUCCAGCUCCUGGGACUCUCCCAUUCAGGAAUGCUAGCAAGUUGGACUGCUCUGUGCGCUCCUCCCCAGAGCUGGUCGCAUCCUGGUUUUGGGCUAAAAGCUGCCCUCUCUGGCUUCUGGCCUUUUUUACUUCCUUUAUAUUAGCAUAGUUGGCCUUUUGCCCACUGGUGUUAUCUAAAGGCUUCCUACAUUGGGCUUGUCAGACAGUCUAGGGGCUUUAAGAGCAGUAGGGAUUGUUCAGGUCGCAUAAAGAAUCCCCUUGAGCUACUCUGACCAGCCCAGACUUGAGCGGGAGAGACAGCUCAUUGCUCCAAGUGUGCAUUCAUUCUGCCUACAGUAACAGAUAUGUGGAAAGGUGCUUCUCAAAGGCCCCUUGGCACUGUGGUGGUAGGAAUAUGCUGCAGGAGGUGAUGCUGUCAGGUCUCAAGGAUAUGGCUGUGCUGAGGCUUUUCAUCACUGUGGCAUUUCCUGUGGGGUAAAAUAGAUGAAUGAAGCAUAUCUGCCCUGGGGAAGAAGUCUGGGAAGGCAGAUGGGAUUUUAGGGCACAUCUGUGUGUGUGUGUCUUUCCUUCUCUUCCUCCCUCCUUGACUUCCUCUCUUUCACCCUCUUUCAUGCCAACCAGGCAGUGUAAUUGUUGGGCCCUAGCUGGGAGCAAGGCUUCUUCCCAACAUUUGGCUGCAGCCAGCCCCUGCUUCCUCUGCUUGCUGCUUGAGUGAUAAUGCCGUCGUGGGCCUGUGGUUCAGUGACUUAACACGAAUCAGCCUGCUCUACUAUGAGACUUAGGAGGAGGAGAAUCAGAGAAUCUCAUUCUCUCCUUUCCAGGUCAAAGUGCCUCCUUGUUGCUGCUGUGUCGUUUCUAUUGCUGCGGUUUGAUGCACUGAGAUUACAGAACAGUGAAAUAAAAGCUGUGUUUUGUGA